AUGAAGCUCCUUCAUGUCCUUCUCACUUUGCCAAUACUGCUCGAUGGAUCCCUUGCUUCUCCCCUCGAACAUGUCGAGAAGCGACAUACCCAAUCCUGUGGUGUUGUCGGGUACGAUCGUGGACAAUAUGUUGUGAACAGACGCGAGUGCAGUGUCUCCGAUUGUGCAGCCUCCUGUAAGAAGAGUUCGAAAUGUCAGAGCUAUGGUUACGGCAAUAAGGUCUGCCGACUGUACUCAGUACCGGUCAAGAACAACGUUCGUCCGAAGUCGGAUUCGCCAUACAAGUUCUGUGACAAGGCUUGUAGCUCUCCGGCUACGAAGACGACGAAAACAACAACAACAACGAAGAAGGCUACUCCGAAGUCAACAACAAGCUGUAUCACGACCACUAAGAAAGGUGUUUCCACGACUACCUCCAGAACGAGCACCUCCGCAACUUCUUCGUCGAUGACAUCGAGACCUGUAACCACAUCUUCUACGACUACCACCACGACUUCGGCGACAAUAUCAUUAACUACCCCGACCCUGUCGUCCACAUCUAGCACGACUGCUCCAGUGACCACGACAACAACCACCCCAGUGACAACAACCACGAGUAGCACAACAAUAGCCGCCACGACCACAACAAUCCCAUUAGCAUGUCCAUCCAACCUCCCCUUCACUUUAGAGUCAGUCAGGGACGAUGACACUUUCAACUCCCUCGGUGGAUAUAUCCCGCAGGAAUCGAUGAACCCCAGGACAGAUUCCGCCAAUCUGGUUUUUGAKCCGGGUUUUAUAUCAGCAGUAUUCACCCUUGACUCCUCCUGUCACCUUGUUUCCUCUACCAGCGGAAACUCAGCUGUUGUGGGUCUUGACCAGGGCGUUUCUCCUGUCAUCUUCGACGCCGUUCCAGGCUUUAUACCAGGCGUGUGUACUGUACUACAAAGUGGAUCACUGUCGUGCGCUUUUGGAAGUCGCACCGGCACAGCCAAUCAAUUUGCUCUGGACGAGAUGGGGAGAUUGUACGUUGGAGAGAACAUCGCCGCAGGAGUCUAUCGCACCGAUGUGGUGGUUCAAUUCCAAACGGCGCCCAGCACUACCACGACCGCUACUUCUAGCACAACAACGACAACGAGUAGCACCAGCGUAACACCAACCACGCCCGCCGUAGCAUGCCAAUCCAACGUCCCCUUCACCCUCUCAUCGCUCAGCAACGACGACAGCGGCAUCACCACGGGAUACCUUCCCCAAGAACUAAUCGUCAAUGGUCCUCGAACCGAUCCCGAUUACUUGAUCUUCAAAACAGGCGUCACAGCAGCAGUCUUCACGCUCGACUCUUCCUGUAACCUAGUCUCCUCCCGCAACGGACAUCCCGCGACUGUACUUCGCCAGGAUUCCACUGCGGUCAAUUUCGACCGCAAUGCAGUUGUAGAUACAGGCGUGUGCGACAUAGCCUCGGCAGGGGGAGCUAAUGCGCUGUUCUGCACUUUUGGAAGUCGUACUGGUAGCGAAAAUCAAUUCGCAAAGGAUGAUGCGGGACGCUUGCAUGUGGGUGCCGAUUAUGAUGAGGGGAUAUUUCAGACUACUGUGCUGGUUAAUUUUCAGUAG